CAGAGUGCGGCCAAUCCGAAUAUCGCGUUCCUCGCCCCAUCGGCACGCCCAUAACAGAGAGUCAUGCUUGAUGCUGUUAACGUCAUCCGCGAUGAGAUCCCGCUCCGGCCGUUGGUGAGCGAGCGAACAGCAGUCAUCCGAAAACACUUAGCGGCGCAUCAGCGAGUCCGCGGCUGUCCGCCGGAGUCGGGUGCGAGUCUAAAUAAUUGAAUACCCCUCCGUCGCGCCGCGACGAAAUCGCGCAAACAAUUUACAUCGGAGGGUGUAAAUAUCCGUGAGCACGCCGCUCUCGUCGGAGGUGGUACCCGCGCGCGCGGGUUCGUUGCUCCGCGCGGGAGCGUCGCGGCGCCCGCGACCGCGCUCCCUGUGACCGGUUUCAACCGAGAAGAGAAGUCAUCGAAACUUGCAACUUUACGUCGCCCGUGUGACCCUCGUGGUCGAGCGUCUGUGCCUCGCUGUGCUGGACGUCGUCGUCGCCGUUAAUUUCGCGACGGACGCCUGGACUGAACGUAGAAUGCCUGCUAUUAUCGGUCUGUAACGAUCGGACAAGCGAUCCGGACUGCUCGAUGGACCAGAGCGUGAUCGUGCCGUCGAUACCGCGCGACCUCGGCGCCGUCGACAGCUUGAGAUUGACCGCCAUGAAGAACGAGUCCGACGUCGGCAUGCACCAACAGGAGCAAACCGUCGUCGCGCAUCCAAACUCGUCUACGAUGACCGCGCGAUCUGUGCUGCCGAUGGCGGCGGGUCUGCCGCAGGAGCAGAGCCUGGACCCACUGAUGUGCAACCCCACGAGCAGCGAGAUGCCGCGGAAGCCCGGCGGUCGCCGCCAAGAGAAACCGCCGUACUCAUACAUUGCGCUGAUCGUGAUGGCCAUCCAGUCGAGCCCGGGCAAGCGAUUGACCCUGUCCGAGAUUUAUUCGUUUCUGCAGCAACGCUUCCCGUUCUUCCGCGGCACUUAUCAGGGCUGGAAGAACUCGGUGCGACACAAUCUCAGCCUGAACGAGUGCUUCAUCAAGCUACCCAAAGGCUUGGGCAGGCCUGGCAAGGGCCAUUAUUGGACCAUCGACCCGUCCACGGAGUACAUGUUCGAGGAGGGUAGCUUUCGGCGACGGCCGCGCGGCUUCCGACGCAAAUGCCAGGCGUUGAAGCCGCAAUACCCGCAGUAUUAUUCUGGCCCAGCCGGUCCCGUCGGCGUGCAGACUCCUGGCUAUGAGAACUUGGCCGGCGGCGGCAUCGAGUACACCAACGGUUACCAGAACCACCAAUAUCAAAACUACCAAGAAUACGCCAUGUACGCGCCGAGCGCGGCCGCGGCGGCUGCGGCAGCCGCAGUCUCCGCUGCCGAUUGGGCUUAUCCGGACGGUACCGCGUACAAAUCUCCGCCGAUCGCCGAGGUCACCUACAAGACGACCGAAGUCACGUACAAGACCGGCGAACCAGCGACGGCAGCCUCGGUGUACCGGAAUGGAGAGCUGGUCGCGUUUAAGAGCGAACCAGGAUCGUUCGGAACCAGAAGUCAGGAUCACCAAUUGACCUACAGACCCACGGUUGCCACCGACGGUUUCUCCUCCUCGGUCAAGGAUCAUCAUCAGCAGCAACAGCAGCAACAGCAACAUCACCAUCACGCCGACUACAAAGACGAAGCCAUGAUGAAUUACAAGUGCGCCAACUCGACACCCACUACUCAAGCACCUGGACAGGAUUAUUACGUCGGUUAUGGCCUCGCAGGGGCCGUCAAUAACAACGUCGGACACGGCGUCAACGUCGCCAUGCAGCCUAUGCAGGAGCAACAACCAGCUGGGAGCAGUCCAGUGGCGAACGUGAGCUCGCCGCAUAGUGCCGGUUGUCAGACACCUGUCACGGAUCACGGGAUAAAAAUGCAAUGCGCCAAUUCUAGCUCCAGCUCGAACAGUUCCGGCGGCGGAAUCGUGGAUCGGAAACCAUCCUACUUCGCAACGCAUCCUGGAGGAUCGGUGACCUUGAGCUCUUUGAACUCACUGGGUUCGUUAAAUUUGAGUAACAUCGGCGGCCUAAGUAUAUCCAAUAUACCUGGCGCAGUGUCUACGAAUAUUCAUCACGCGUCAACCUCGCCGCCCACGACCAUGUAUUACGACCAGAUCAAGUACAACAUGUGAAGAUGUUUUCUCGUUGAAAGACCCGCAUUAUAAUCACAGACAUUCGAGCGAUUAUCGAUCUCUCGAGAUCCUCGCGGUCCAAUCGAUUUCGACCUAUCUGUGACUAUACGCGACUAAAAACUAGUAAGAAUGUCCGCGCGACUUACCGCCGUGGGCGCGAAUAAAAACGAUGUACGUAAAAUGUAAAAUAUAAUCGCGUAAAAAAGAAAGAAAAAUCGAUGACCGAUAGUGGCUCAAACGCGCGUGGUGUUGCGCGCAUCGGAAGAUACGUCCGCUUGCAGAGAACGUCGAUGCAUCUCGACCGUGUCCUAUUUAUAUAUUUACGAUCUAUCGAGCGAUGUAAUUAAUUUAAGUCUAGCGCGGAGAAACGAAGUCUGUAGAAUUAAAUAACGUUUGCUAAAAAAAUUUCUUCAUUGACAGUUCUUUAUCGCGUAUACACUGAGAGAAAAAAAUUUUGGUCUAACCAAAAUUAUAUAAUUAUUUUUUACUCCAACUAUAUUUUU